AUGUCCGAAUCCGACAAGGAAACCUCAACCUAUCAUAAUGGGAAUACUCACCUAGAAUCGUUCGCACCACCCGUCGACGGCAAUCGAAGACGAACAUCCGUAAUAGGACAACCAGCUUACACCGAGAAAGGACCCUUGAUCAACCACGAAAUUCCUCAAGCCGACGUCGUCCAGGAAGAACCAGACCUAGCUUGGAGUCGCAUUAGACGCUACUUCCGCGAACCCCUCGCCGAGUUCUUCGGCGUCUUCAUCCUCAUCCUCUUCGGCGACGGCGUCGUCGCUCAAGUCGUGCUGAGCGGAGGCAGGAAUGGUGACUAUCAAUCCAUAUCGUGGGGAUGGGGGUGCUGGGCGCCAUGUGCGCCUCCGGCGUCGUCUACGCCAACUACAAAUCCCCGCUCGACACGCACCGUGCCCGGCUCCGGCUCCAACACCAGCACUGCCGGCAUCUUCUGCACCUACCCGGCGCCCUUCAUGACCAAGACGGGCAUGUUCUUCAGCGAGUUCAUCGCGUCCGCCAUCCUGAUGUUCUGCAUCUACGCGCUCAAGGACGACGGCAACCUCGGCGCCGGCCACCUGACGCCCCUGGCCCCCUUCUUCGUCAUCUUCGGCAUCGGCGCCUGCUUCGGCUGGGAGACCGGCUACGCUAUCAACCUCGCACGCGAUUUCGGUCCGAGACUCAUGUCGUAUUUCCUGGGCUAUGGCCACGAGGUAUGGAGUGCGGGGGGGUAUUAUUUCUGGGUUCCGAUGGUGGCGCCGUUUUUUGGUUGUGCGUUCGGCGGCUGGUUGUACGAUAUGUUCCUCUUCACCGGCGUCAGUCCGAUUAACACGCCGUAUGUCGGGUUGCAGCGGUUGGUGAGGCCGCGGAGGAGUGUGUGGUCCAAUACGUAUCAAGAUCGCCAUAGCGGCGUGGUGUGA